CUGCCACUCUCCCUCCCUCUCGGCUCCGUCGCUCCUGCGGCGCGAGGCGCUCUAGCUCCUCUCCGCUCCUCCCCCCACGCAGCCGCUGCCGCCGCCGCGAGACCCCCGUGUACCCCUCCCCCGCCAACCCCGCGCGCCCUCCGGCCCGGCGGCCCCCGAGGAGAACGAGAGGGCGAGCUAGCGCGGCGCUCCCGGGCGGGCUCUGCCCCCUCUCUGUACAGCCGCCGGCCCUCAGCCGCCUACCUCCGCUUCCACCACCUCUCCCUACCCAAGUGGAGGCCCCCUGGGGGGGGAGGCCCGGGGUCGGGAGCGAAUUCCCUGAGCUCCCCUGUCUCUCCCCCGCCCUCCCGCCCGAGUGUGAGAAGAAGGGCCCAGCCCGGCCCGUGUCGCGUGUGAGGAGGACCCGGGCGGGCCCACGGGCCGUCUGGGCCUGGUCCGGCCCGCCGAGGGUGUGAAGGCAGGGGCCCGGGGCGGCCCGGCGCGAGCGGAGCGGAGGGAGGGGCCUGGUCCGGCCCUGCCGGUUCGCGAGGACUGGGGCCCCGGCCCGGCACGGCCGCUGCCGCCGCGAUGGCCCAGCAGCAGAUGACCAGCUCGCAGAAGGCCCUGAUGCUGGAACUGAAAUCCCUGCAGGAGGAACCGGUGGAGGGCUUCCGGAUCACCCUGGUGGAUGAGUCCGACCUCUACAACUGGGAGGUGGCCAUCUUCGGACCCCCCAAUACUCUCUACGAAGGCGGCUACUUCAAGGCACAUAUUAAAUUUCCUAUUGACUACCCAUAUUCACCACCUACCUUCAGAUUCUUGACCAAAAUGUGGCACCCCAACAUUUAUGAGAAUGGAGAUGUAUGCAUUUCGAUUCUUCAUCCACCCGUAGAUGACCCACAGAGUGGAGAGCUGCCUUCUGAAAGGUGGAAUCCUACUCAGAAUGUGAGGACUAUCCUGUUAAGUGUAAUCUCACUGCUUAAUGAGCCCAACACCUUCUCCCCAGCCAAUGUGGAUGCUUCAGUUAUGUUCAGGAAAUGGAGGGAUAGUAAAGGAAAAGACAAAGAAUAUGCUGAAAUCAUUAGGAAACAGGUUUCAGCUACUAAGGCUGAAGCAGAAAAGGAUGGAGUGAAGGUCCCUACAACCCUGGCGGAAUAUUGCAUCAAAACUAAAGUGCCUUCCAAUGACAACAGCUCAGAUUUGCUUUAUGACGACUUGUAUGAUGACGACAUUGAUGAUGAAGAUGAAGAAGAGGAAGAUGCCGACUGUUACGACGAUGACGAUUCUGGGAAUGAGGAGUCGUGACGUGCUCCUUCAGUGCCCCUGCACUGCCCUGCCGUCUCAGGCCAAAGGGAGGGGAGCGAGUGGGGACCUAGCAGUGGCCCCUCAGCAAAACCUAUUCAACAGGGGGUGGGGAAACAAACACAGCUCCUGCUGACUCCCCUUAUGGAUCUCAGUUUGCUCCUUUUUAUGGACCUUUAAUGGAGAGAAAGUAACCCUCGACAGAAUGUCUGAAUUCUUGCAUUCUUUACCCUUCCAUCACUGUAUUGAUUUUUUUUUUUUUUAAACCCAAACUCCAGCAUCACUUUGUCUUUACAAAAUGUUCACGGCAAAACACACACGUUCGUUUAAGGUUCCUAAAGAAUUAAAUAGUCUUUUUAAGACAUUUAAUGUGUUUUAAAGCCGGGAACCCAUUGGGAGUUCACAAGUGCUGCAUAUGCUGAGUAGCAAGAGAAAAUACAAAAAUGACCCACAAACUUUAAAAAACUUUUGCCAAGGUUUAGCUGCUCAUUUACAUUAGUGUGUGCACAUCUGUUCAGCCCUUGAUGGCAAAUUCUGUUUCUUUCUCUUCAGGCUGGGAUACGGUGGGCAUCAGGGACUGGCUUCUCGCUAAGCCUGAUGUGAUGUGUUCUGUCAGCCUCCACAGCAGGGAGGUCUUAGCUACUCUGAGCAGAGAAAUCAGAUUUUGAUUUUUGAUGUUUUUUUUAAUUGAUUGGGAUCUAAACUCUGAAAUAAAUAUUCAUACUUUCCAUAGAACCGAGCACUUGGUUACUAUUUAUUUUAAAGGCAAGUUUUUUUCCUCCCACCAAGCAGUGGGGCAAAUGGGGAAGAAACAAACUGAUGUGUGGGUUUUUAGUGACGAGAACAAAUGGUUUAAAAACAUCAACUUUGGUUGAUGCUGCUGAGGGAAAAAAAGUCAGAACUGCUGGUAGCCACUGUUGGGAGAGGAAACAUCUGUUUUAUGUAUGUAACAUGGCCUUCCCCUCAAAGAUACACUCUUAACAUGAGGUUUGGUUUGGUUUUUAAUUUAAAUAGCCACUUUCAAUUACUCAGUAUUAAUCCUAGGUGCAUGUGUUAAGAUUUUGUCAAUGAGCUGCUUACACUGAUAGUGAAAAAUGUGGACGUGUGAGACUUGAGUGAAUGGUUCUUACUUGCUUUCACUGGAUGUGAUCUGGACUUUGUUUUUCCUUUCAGCGUGUUUGGAGCCUUUCCUGGGCUUGUCUCUUCUGGCAGCCAAGAGUUUUGAUGAUAGGCAGUUUCCAGGCCAGGUCAGAACUGUUGGCUGUGCAGUUGCUGCAGGUUUGAUUCCCAGGUCUCAGUCAUACGUUGUCUCCCAUCACAAUUGAGAUUCCAGCAGCCUUUACCAUACAGGGACUACAGAAUUGAAGGUGAUUUUUUUAUUGUUGUUGUUAAUGGGGUGCAGAAACUCGUAGUGUUGAGUGGGAAAAGCCUCUAUAAUAUAAAGUCAGAUUUCAGAAAGAAAAUAAGCAAAGACUGACGACAGUCCUACUUAAGAUCCCUGUACCCAGUGUCAUCUUCAAGUCACAGCUCAGAAAGAACCAAAGGGCAGAUUAAGGGCAGAUUGGGGACAGGGGUAGGACAGGCCCUAGGACAGACCAGAGUAGCCGAUGCUUACUUCCUUAGCGCCUCCUUCCUUUCUGAUCUCAGGGUUUUCAUUUGCUCUUCUAAUGCUCCCAAACUUAAGCUAUUUUCCAGCAGCCAACUCUGGCCUAUAAGGCUUGGUCUAUUGUUCGGUGGGAAUAUUUAACAUGUUAAGGUUAAUAUGGGACAUUGCUGAGCCUGGUCCCAGGAUCUCUGUGACUCUCCACAGGGCCAGAGCUGCUGUUACACCUUCGAUUUCACAGAUUCAGGAAACAGCAGCUCUGUGUAGAGAUACACUAUUAAUUUUCCCGAGUAUAAAUUCUUGCAGAAUUUUGAAAUGAGCUGUUUGCUCCCCACACUUAAGUACUGCUUUCAGAUAACCUGCAAAACUUCUGGAGCCAAAGUCUUUGCCAGUGCUCUCAGAUUUACCUCCCACUCAGCGCCCCCAAUCACAAGUUUACAGCCAGUAGCUUGAUUUUACUGUCUCAGAGCCCUAAAAUGAAGCCUUUUAUUCUCUUUCUGCUAAAGCAUCUCACUCACUUCCCAAGGCACCUUGGCGCUAUGGGAGGAGCUGUGCUGUUCAGCUCUGUCCCAUUAGGCCCUGCUGGCCUCUGUUGCAUGACUCAGGGAGCCAGAGAGCCCAGUGCAGGUCCUACUUCUUAGCCAUUCCUUCAGCAUGGCACUGCUGUAGGUGGGUUUUGCCUCUGAUGGGAAUACAAUCUAGUUCCAGAAGCCAGGGGUAUUUUGACGGCGACAGGUAUUCUGAUAGUUUAGCCUCACUAACAAAACCCAGAUGCUGGUUCCAGUCCUUGUCUGUCCCUCAAAUAUCCUGUGGAAAAAUACUUGAGUAAGGUCCCACCCCCCUUUGCUUUUGCCCCCCUUUGCUUUUUUUGAGAGUGGAUGGAGGUCUCAGGCUCAUGCCAGAAGCUUGUGAGUAUAGUUAUGAUUAUCUGGUAUGAAACAAACAAAAUUCUGCAUUUUUAAGAUUCCUUGAUUUGAACUGAAGCCUCACAGAGUUGGUCUGUGUGUACUGAGAGGCAGAAUGUAGACAGUAAAGCACCGCGUUCUGGUUCUGGUGUUGCCCCUCGGUCUCCCGGCCCCAUCCCCUUUUCUUACCAUUCCAGAGUUCUUUUCUACUAGCCAAACUUUUUUGUAGUCCUCUCCUGACAAUUACUUGCUGGUUUAUGUUUGGGGCAUAUAUAGUAGGAGAUUGGAAGGGGAAAAUGUGUAGUCUCUGCUGGAAAUUAAUUCUCAACCCUCCCCAUCCUGACGAAAAAAGGUUUACAUUUAUAACUAAGAUUCAGAUGCAAUUUUCAACUAUUUUGAAACCAGCAGGACACACCUGACUUUAAUAGCUUUCUUAGCUGAAAUUGUAGAUGUUUUUCUUCAGUUUAACUUAUAAAAGAUUAUCUGAUGCAUUUUGUGUUGACAUCCCCUUUAGUGUUUUAUUUUGUCUUUUUCUGCCCAUCUGUCUACUAAUAAAAUGUGAAAUAAAAUAUACCUGUAUUGCUACUUCCCCA